AGCGCAGCGCAGGCACCGCCCCAGUUAAAACGGGGGGAGAGAGCGGGUGACGGCCGUGCCACUCGUGUUGACCCACCCCACCCCACCCCCGCCCCCCACGUCAAAACCAAGGCGGCGGCAGCGGGGCGGGAGAGCGGGGAGCACCGACCGACACCGGCCGACAGGGUGGGCUGCAUGCGGAGCUGAGGCGAGGCGAGGCGAGGCGGGGAGAGAUCCGGCGCGGGUGCCACCGCCGGCCGGCCGCGGGAGAUCUGGUUGGUGGCGCCGCCCGGAUAAGGGAGAGGCGGCGAGGGGAGAGCAGCCGGGGGAGACCGAGGCGAGAGGAGAUCUCUCUCGUCCCUCUUCUCGCUCCAUGGAGACCGGGGGUAGCAAGCGGGAAGGAGACUGCCCCGGGCAGGAAAGGAAGAAGAAAGUGCGCAGGAGAAGCACUGGUCCUGAUUCGGUUGCUGAAACCAUCAAGAAGUGGAAGGAGGAAAACCAGAAGCUCCAGCAAGAGAAUGGAUCCCGGAAAGCACCGGCCAAGGGUUCCAAGAAAGGGUGCAUGGCAGGGAAAGGAGGUCCAGAGAAUUCAAACUGCGCUUACCGCGGUGUGAGGCAGAGGACGUGGGGGAAAUGGGUUGCUGAGAUCCGUGAGCCCAACCGUGGCAAUCGGCUGUGGCUUGGUUCAUUCCCUACCGCAGUCGAAGCUGCACGUGCAUAUGAUGAUGCGGCAAGGGCAAUGUAUGGCGCCAAAGCACGUGUCAACUUCUCAGAGCAGUCCCCGGAUGCCAACUCUGGUUGCACGCUGGCACCUCCAUUGCCGAUGUCUAAUGGGGCAACCGCUGCGUCACAUCCUUCUGAUGGGAAGGAUGAAUCGGAGUCUCCUCCUUCUCUUAUCUCAAAUGCGCCGACAGCUGCGCUGCAUCGGUCUGAUGCUAAGGAUGAGUCUGAGUCUGCAGGGACCGUGGCACGUAAGGUGAAAAAAGAAGUGAGCAAUGAUUUGAGAAGUACCCAUGAGGAGCACAAGACCCUGGAAGUAUCCCAACCAAAAGGGAAGGCUUUACAUAAAGCAGCGAACGAACUCGGGAUAGCGCUUAGGGUUGGCAUUAAAUUGAGGCAUAUUAGGAAGUCAUAUUUCUGCAGGUCUUACUAUAUAUUGAAUUGCUGUAGAAAGGUGCAGCCACACAGACUUACUGAUUUGUGCCCACAAAACAGACUGGCUGAAAGCAGCCUUGCAGUGGAAGACAGAGGUCAAUCCACUGGCCAUUCAAGACGAAGUGGUUCAUCAUCGUUAAGAAGUGAGCCAUUUCCAACUAUUUAUUCCGAACAGCACAAGAGCAUGCCUGGAGAUGGCGGACCCAUUAGCAUUCAGAAAGAAGGUCCAGCUUCGAGACAAUUAAAGGUUAAGCAAUGCCCAGUUCAGAAACUUCAGAGACUGCCAGAUGGGUGCCAUCCUGAUUUUGACAAUGACCAUUUAUAUUGUGUCAACAAGCUCCUGGAGUCCUGGUCUAAAUCUCACGGCUCUGUUCUUGUUGAUGAUAAGGAACAUAUAUUAAAGACCAUCUUAUUCACAAUGGUUGUGUUAGCUGAUGCUCGCCAACCUUUUCUGAUUGUCACUACUACCGCUUCUCUCUCCUUAUGGGAGGUUCAGUUCAAUAAAUUAGCACCACAUAUCAAUGUUGUUGUGCAUGAUGGGCGGAAAGACAUGCUCAAGUCGAUUCAAGCUCAGCAGUUCUACGAGAACGGAAGCCACAUAACGUCACAAGUUCUCUUAUCCCAUCCUGAGGCUAUCUUAGAGGACAUUGAGCCUAUUGCGCGUAUUGGUUGGGAGGCAAUCAUAGUUGAUUAUUAUCAACACUUGGCUCUAAAAUAUCUGGAACAGCUGAAGCAACUUUGUACUGGUUUUAGAGUGUUGCUUGUGAGCUCCCCAAUUGAGGAUAUCCCUGAGUACAUGAACAUGCUAGCUUUCCUUAAAUCGGGACAGAAAGAUAAUAGCGGCUAUGUUGACACUGCUGAUGCCCUUGAGAUGUUAAAAAGAAGAUUUGCACAUCAUAUUGCAUAUGAGCGCAAAGCAGAUUCUUCAAAAUUUCUAGAGCACUGGGUUCCUGCUUACAUUUCACAAGUGCAGCUAGGUGUCUAUUGUUCCAUUCUGCUUUCAAAUUCAUCUGUCCUCCAGUCUAAGAAGAAAGCUAAUAGUGUUGAAGCUCUUCGGGACAUUCUCUUGUCUCUCUCAGAGUGCUGUAAUCACCCUUACCUCCGUGAAUGUCUGGAAGCUUCACCUGUCAACAAUCCCGAUAUGACCGAAACAGUAGAUAUUGGAGUGCACGCAAGCGGCAAGCUACUACUUCUUGACAAAAUGCUUAAAGAGAUCAGCAACAGGAGGUUGAGAGUCAUUGUUCUUUUUCAGUCUGGUGGAGCAGGUGCAAACCCAAUGGGUGACAUUCUGGAAGGUGUUGUGUGUCACAGAUUUGGCCCCGAGUCUUAUGAACGUGUCAAAUGUGGUGCGGUGAUGUCAAGUAAACAGGCGGCAAUUGAUAUGUUCAAUGACAAGACCAAGGGAAGAUUUGUUUUACUGAUUGAAAGUCGUGCAUGCCUCCCAAGCAUUAAGCUACUAUCAGUUGAUGCAGUCAUCAUAUAUAGCAGCGACUGGAACCCAUCUAAUGACCUGAAAGCUCUUCAAAGAAUCAACAUAGAGUCACAACUUAAGUAUGUGAGCAUUUUCCGAUUGUAUACUCCUUUCACAGUGGAGGAGAACAACUUUCUGCUUGCAAAGCAGGGCAGGCUUAUUGAUAGCAACAUCCAGGAUGUAAUGCACAGUUCAAGCCAUUCCUUGCUGAGUUGGGGUGCACAGUUUCUAUUCACCAGAUUUGAUGAGCUUCUGCAAGAUAGGUAUUCAAGUAAGCAUUCUGAAAGGGGCACCAAUUUUAUGGAUGAAGUGAUUUUAGAGUUCUUAACAAAAUUACCCACAAAUACAGAAGACAGCUCCAAAAUAAACAGUGUGUACAUAUCGAAAGCUAAUAUGAGUGGGGAGUUUUAUUCAAGAAGCAUUACUGUAAUUGGUGAAAAGGAGGGAAUGUCUAUGCUGGAUGGGGAUCCAUCUGUAUUUUGGUUAGAUUUACUGGAUGGAAAAUCUCCUUGUUGGAGCUAUAUAUCUGAGCUAACACAAUCAAUCAAUAGAAUGCUACAGAACAUAGAAGAACCAGCCCAAGUUGCUGCUGAAGAAACUGAUGAAGCUACCAAUGUGUCAGUCACACAGCAAAGAGAAUGUCAUGUGUCUGUCACACAGCAAAGAGAAUGCCAUGUGUCAGUUGAUGUAUUUCCCAACAUGGCUGUGGAGAGAAGAAUUGAUUUAGUGGAUGAUGUUUUCCCUUUUGGAGAAAAUAAUAUCCUUCAUAAACAACAAGCUGAGAUAUCAAAUUUAGUGACGCACUCACAGAAUAAACAAAUCCUGAGAAUUGGAGCAACUCAGAUAUGUGGAUCGAGCAUGCAUAUGCAACAAUUGAGAAAUCUGCCUGCCCAACAAAGUUUAGCAACCUUGCCCCAUCCACCUGCAGAAGCAGAGCCAGCAGGUAUUCCUGGCAUGGAGGCCAUGACAUGUUUACAGUCAAUGCAGUAUCAACCUACAGAGGCAGAAUGGGGAGGUAUACUGGGCGCAUUAGCAGCCCACGGUUCGCAGCCUGAAAUGCAACCAUCAACCUCAAUGCAGGAUGUUUUAUUUGAAAAGACUGAUCUGUCUGGCAUGCCUUUGCUAGGAAGUAUGAAUGCUCGUCAAAGUGUAGAACCUUCAUGGGAUCUGCACGCAGGAGAAGAACCAGCAUGCACUUUGGGCAUGGUGACAACUGAUAAGCUGCAGUCUGAAAUACAACAAUCAGCCACAGUACAUGAUCGGCCUGCAGAAGCAGAAGGAACAAGUACAUUGGGCACCAGGGCACUUCAGAAUUUGCACCCUGAAAUGCAAUCAUCAACCGCAAUGCAUCAUGUCCCUCUUGAAAGAGCACACUCUGAAGGCAGGAGCCAAACAGGAUUUCAGCCAAAUACAUCACCUGGUCCUGAGCAGCUCAGCCAACUCCUUUUUUUCGAGGAAGAGCUCAACCAAGUCCUAUCUGCUAGUGACCAGCCACUGGAAGAUAUGUCGGAAAUGUACAAACAUCACAUCAAUUUGCUUAGAGAAGCCCAUGAACAGAAGAAAUCACAACUUCAAAUAGAGCGUUACCGAGAAAUAGAAAAGGUGAACAGAAAGUAUUACUCAUUACUCCAAAAAGAAGAUCCCACUUUACUUCACAGCCAGAUGGGACUUGUUGAUAGCUACAAGGAAGCUUCUGUAAACAAAUCACCAGCUCAAGAUUUUCUAGGGGAAGUUGCACCAUCAUCUGCAGCUCAAGGGACAUCUGAGAGGCCUGCAAUGGUGCUGCCACCUAAGUCUUCACCAGCUCAAACCACAGCAUCACCAGGUGCCCCGCCAUACGACCACCAGUGAUAGCUUUGUUUCAUUCACCAGGAGGACCUUAUGUCCAGCACACAAUCUAUCAUACCUGGUGAUCUUUGCGGAGCAACAUCACCAGUUUAUAUUCCAGCAUCUCUGCUACAGGUGUAGGAGCACAUUCACCUCCUGCCGCUUCUCACCUCCGGCAGCACAUGGCCAAGUGGUGACAUGGAGAACUUUGCAUCGACAAGUCUAGGCAGGUUCCAGUUGACCUCCAUGAAAAAAAUGUUCGUGUUUUUGUAAGCAUGCUGAUGGAUGUCGAGGAACCUAUCAUAGUGUUUUUUCCAUUUCCUUUUAUUUUCUUCUUAUAGAAAAAGAGCUUUAAAACUGCUUUACACAGUUAAAGUUGCAUAGUCCCUCAAAAAAGAAAGUUGAAGUUACAUAUGAUUACUCCAAAGUUGUAGUUCUCGACAUGAUAAUCAUGGAAUUGAAUGCUGAUAAAAAAUGUAAGUAAAUGAAGAGUACAUAUAUGGAAUUUGA